AGUAUAGAACACGUUGUCUUUGACAUUUAAAAAAAUCAAAACAAUCAAAAUUGUUCUAGAAAGACUUUUUCUAUAAAAAGAAGGCUAUUUUAAUUUAAAUAUUGGAAAUACUUAACUAAAACAAAAUGCUACACUGUUAUAAUCGUGGUUGUGGUAAAACCUAUGAUCCUGAACAAAAUACAGAUGACUCAUGCCAACACCAUCCUGGUGAGCCAUAUUUCCAUGAUGCAUACAAAGGCUGGUCAUGUUGUAAAAAGAAAUCUGUAGACUUCACUGAGUUCCUCAAUAUACCAGGUUGUAAAUUUUCUAAACACUCUAAUAUUAAGCCACCAGAACCAGAGAAACCGCAAAAAAAUGAAACAUCUGACAAAGACGAAGUGAUUGAAGUGCGUGCACCAAUUAAAGCAGCCAUGCCACGGCCACCAAUUGAAACUACAAUGUCUAAAAUUGAACCAAUUGUUGCAGCUACACUUAAAGAAGCCAUCGAUAAUAGAAGUAAAAGUAAAACGCAAGUUGUUGAUAAAAAACUGGCCGAUGGUGAAAUCCCAGUGGGUACUGCUUGUAAAAAUUCUGGUUGUAAAUAUUCUUUUACUGGCACAGGCAGCGAUUAUUUAGAUUGUCAAUACCAUCCUGGUGUGCCAAUAUUUCAUGAAGGUAUGAAGUACUGGUCUUGUUGCCAAAAAAAAACAACGGAUUUUACUGUUUUCAUGUCGCAACCAGGCUGCAUUAAUGGACACCACAAAUGGUUCAAAGAGAAUGAUGACAAAAAAGUAGUGAAAUGUCGACAUGACUGGCAUCAAACUGCCUCCAAUGUAAUUGUGUCAGUAUAUGCAAAAAUGUAUGAUUACUCACAGAGUACAAUUGAAGUGAAUCCUAUUAGAUUGCAUGUAAAUCUUAUUUUCCCAGAACAAGAUAAUGCGAUAUAUGACCUAGAUUUGGAGCUACGUGGCGUAAUUGAUGUUAGCAAAACAACAGUUCAUAUGUAUGCUUCCAAAGUGGAAAUAACUUUGCCAAAAGCUGAGCCAGGCUCUUGGUCCAUGCUUGAUUUUCCGCAUGCUAAAUUACCACCAGUACAAAAAACGAAUUUGAAACAAAAACAAGACUCAGUUUCUGACGAUGAUGUAGACUUGGAUGAUAUUGAUUCAGUGAGCACUGGCCUACACUUAACUGAAAUAUCAACAAAUAAAAAUGAUUUGGAUUAAACGUGCAACUGCACUAUUUUGUCUAUGGUUAAAACCAUAAAAUGAAAUAUAAGAAUUUAUUGUCUGAUACGAAGUCGUCUCAGUCAAUUUAUGUGCUUUUAAAUAUACGCAUUUAAGUUUAUUUUUUUU